GUUGUUGUGCGUUGAUCGCGACUGGGUUGUGUCGCUCGUUCUCUUUUCCAACCUAGCACGGACUCCGGCUUCUUACCUUGCCUCGACAGCUCAAGUACCCGGCUGGGCAUGUUGGCCACGAUGCAACCUACUCGGCCAGCUCUCAGAGUGGAUGUUACCGGAUCGAAGAAGAGUGCACCACCCUCAAGCUAUGUCUCUACCGCGGCCGACGACACGUACACUCAGAGUAACAUAUCUAUAUUUCGCUCGUCAAAUAUGGAGAUCCACGUUCACAGUCCUUCUGUGAAGGUUGUCGAGGGACGGGCUUCUCAUUCUUUACCGGUCUUCGGUGAUCAUGACAAGAUUGGAGGCACCGUUCACCUCGAUCCGAAGUUGGCUUCUACGGCAGGACGUUUGACUAUAUCUAUGGAGGGCACAUUCGUUUACGUUUCUCCAAAGCUACAUGAUGAUGAUGAAUCCACUCUUCGUCGCAAGCCUCGCCAUGUGUUCUUUACGUCUUCAGUAGUCCAUCCAUGUGGCGACAAUGGCAGUCCACGAUCUACAACUUCUCUCCGUGGCGCGUUCGCUGCCUCCAUGCGCUCGGUACGUCUGGACCGUCGACCAAGCUUGCAAGACAUGACGGGAUCACGUCGACAAGUGUUCCAAUUUGCUUUCGAUGUCCCUCCACCCAGUAGACCAGGAGAGGAGAUGCCACCUACAUUUUCUUCCGUUGUCAUGACUGGCACAGAAGCUCGCGGCCGGACUGGCGUAGAGCGAGCGGAGGUUGAAUACAAAGUGGUUGCUCUGUGGGAAGGCGCUGACCCGAGCGAACAAGCAAGGCUCGAAGCUCCCAUUCUCUUACAACCGGACACGGACUUCCAGUCUUUGGACGGCUUAUCACUAGAACCAGAGAGUUGGCUGGAAAUUCCCUUAAGAUCUGAUCGACCCAUUCCUUUUAAGUGUGCAAUUACGCUGCCCGUUCCUUCUACCUUUCCAAGAUCAGCAUCUAUCCCUUAUUUUGUCGUCUUUACAACUAAACCACGCUCCCCAUUACUCGCGCGUGAGAUAGCUGUGGAUGCUACAGUCUCAGUCUCUCUCCUUCGCCAAGUUACAAUUGUGACAAAUCAGUCAUCUCCACACUCGUCCUUCCAUUCAACUUCCACGUCUCUGUCGUCUAGCAAUAGUGAUGACUCGGACGCUCCAUCAAGCUCAACGCGGAAGUUUCUGCGACGCAUGGCCAAGAGCACACCUAUUUCACAAGGUCAUAUUACUCCUUCAGAGUCACGGAGACAGCGCAAACAUAGCCAUACGGUGAAAGACAAGCCUCUCCCUGACCUGCCACCUAAUCCCGGCUUGUUGGAGACGCGAACCUUGCAUACUGAUAUGUCCAUUGGCUUCCCGAAACGGCCUCGCAAUCGUGUUGAACCCAAUGAAACACACCCUUCAUUGGACGCACAUAGCUCCCUUCCGGAUGGUCUGUACAAGGGUUCAAUGCAACUGAACAAAAGCAUGCUGCCAUCUAUAGAUUGGGCAGGUUUAAGUGUGAAGGUGUGUGAAUUGAUCACUGAUAACGCGCUUUUUUUCUCACACGACAUUUGUAGUAUUUCCUCGAGGUCUCAGUCCUCUUCAAUCAAGACGAGCUGCGAGCUCGCAUACCUAUUCGGAUUUUCUAGUUUAUUCUUGUUCACUAAUAGUCACUGUUGCAAAGCUUCGCAUUACGCUCGAUCUCACGACUCAUGCUUGCGCAAUGAGCACCCAUGUUUAUAUGCUAUUUAAAUGGUCCACACCCUCCACAAUCUUUGCUGUAGGUCUGAUUUCAAAAGAACCGCAUUUCUUCCGCGGAGACAUACCUCUAUAUGGAUACUUCUCAAUGACUGAAGAUAUGUAAAGAAUUUCUCUUGUUCAACUACCAGGAUAUAUUUGUACUAUGCACAAAGUUGAAUUAGUUUGAAGUUCGUGCACUUGUAACAGUUCUUCUGUGCGAUGUGUUCCGACACGUGAGUCAAUAUU